AUGUCGCCGCAGACCACGCCACUUGCCUCGCUCGCUCUUCAGAAGGAGUCUAUGGCCCUGCCCUCCGCUCGAGGCGUCCCUACCCAGCCUCACCUUGUGUGCGGCGGCGAUGUCGAGAGUUCAUCCUCACCCAAGAUUAAUCUCAAAGGCGACGACGGCCCGCACGGCUCAUCGAACUGCACAUUCUUCGCUUGUUGGGCGGUAUGGAGGCCAAUUUUGCCCACUACUCGGUGCUUGGCCCGAUCUCUCCUAGCCGAUGGCAAGCCGGUUCUUCGCCUUCGUCUCUUCGAUUUCAUACCCAAGUUGGGCAUCCGGGAAGAUGAUGAGAUGCCUGAUUUGCGAUAUGCCGUCAACCUUACGGGAGCGUGGUAUCAUUUGACGAAUGCGCCGGCUCCGGCUUGA